AGAUGGCGGCCGUGCCCCCAUUCCUUCCUGUGGCGGUGAAGGAAGGCGGCGGGACCCCGGAUGUACGCAGCCCCUCCUCCUCUCCCGCCCCCCGCCCACUCGGGAGGAGGUGCCGGUUACCCGGAUGUUGCUCCUGCUCUAGCGGCAGCGGCCGCCUCCCUCGGACGGGGAGAGAAGCUGACGGAUCCAAUAUGGCCGCCCUGAUCCUGAGGAGAGAGUGAGAGGCCUAGGGAGCCCGGGGCAGCCCCCCAGUCCGACAGCAGCAGCCCCUGGGGGCGGGGAAAGGAGGAGCGGGGGGAACCAGCCCCUGCAAAGGUCCAAGCUCCCCCCAGCUCCUGCCACCCCCCCGGGCCCUGGGUGUCCUGUUCCCUGGGGGGAGGGGCAGCCUCUAGCUGAUCCUGGGGGGAGGGGAGCACUUGCCAUAGCCCCCCUGUGCCAGCUCCCACUGAGCCCCACCUCCUGGGGUACGGGGGGGGAUGGGGAAGAGAGGGUAGAGAGCAGGCAGCUAGGAGGGUCCCUGGGUUGAUCAUUGCUGGGGAGGAGCGAGCCAUUCAUUUCUAGCUUCCCAUCAGCCCUCUUUCCCUGGGAUCUUUAUUUUUGUUGGGGGGGAGGGAAAGGGGCAAUAGAGCUGGAGAGAGACGCAUGACAGGCAGGUGGAGAGUCUCAGGGUGGCUUUUUUGGGGGGAGGGGGAGAAAUAAGUCAGGUAGAAACAUCCACAUUUUCCAGCUUCUAAUAAACCCAGUUUUCCUGAUUUAUUUUUUGUCUGAGGAGGCAGGAUUAAAUGUGUAUAUUGACGUGUGGGAGAGGAGGGGAUCAUCUCGGGGGGGGAGAGUUGCAGAAAUUAAAACAAGACACUUUAAAAACCUUUUCUCAGCUUCAUAUUAAACCAAAUUUCCCUGGCCUAGGAAGGGAGAGGAAAGGGGGUCAGGGACAGGAAAGCAGGACUAGAACUGCAUAUUGAAAUGUGGGAACUGCUAGGUAGUUAUAGCAAAUAUUAGUUAAUAAAAAGGGAGGAAAGAAGCAAUCACAGGUAAAAAGCAAGCUGUGUGAUGACAUUAAGCAUGUUCAGAUAACCCUAUUUUGGUGGGUUAGUUAUAUUUUGGGAGCUUAUUCUUAAUUUCUGGGGGAGUCAGAUUUUUAAUUUUUUUAAUAUUUAAAAAGAAUGUAGGAAGAUACAGCUGUACAAAGUGGGGAAGAGCCUUAAAGUUGAACAGCUGCGUGGCAAGCCAGUUUUCUGAAAAUUUAACCCCAAUUUCUAAAUCUCCUGCUUUUGGAGAGGGGUCUGUUCUUUGGGGUAAAGUAGUAUUAUGGGAAGAGUGUGUGUGGGGGAAGACAAGCAUUAAAAGUAACAAUCACAAUUAAAAAUAAAAAAGAAAGUACAGGUUGAAUUUUCAAGUAUUUCGGAGAUUCUGAUGACUUUUUCUUGGUUAUUGUGGUAGAGUCUCUACUUAAAUUUCCCAGAAAUUCAGUUAGUUCUAAUAAAACUAGAACAAAAUAACUUGGGAGCAGAGGAAAGUAGACAAACCCUCCUUUUAAAAAAGAGAUCAUCUCUGUUUUUGCAAGAGUGGCAAAGGAGCUACUAGUAAUAAGGAAACAGAGACUCGUCAAAGCUUUAGAAAAAUGUUUUUAAAAGAAAUGACCUAGAGGGUGCAGGAUAGAUUUUGGAUCUUCCCCUCCUCCCCUUCCUUUUCUCAGUGGGGUGAGACAGAUGGGGAGAUUUUGGCAUCAGAGUUAUUAGGAAAAUUCUUUAGGCAAGUGUACCUGCUUUAAUACCACACUCUGAUGCUCUAACUGUAGAAGUUAGGCUUCCCUGACACGAGAGCCAUACUGUAAAAUCAUUCACAAAGAGCUUAAGCUGUUCUGCUGGGUUUUUUGUUUAUUUAAAAAGUAAAGUAAAAGGGAGGACUAGAAGACUCUUUAAAAAUUCUUGUUCAGCCCCAUGUUCGAAUCAGUGCAGUAGAGCGGAUAUAAACAAGACAAGAAGAGCUUCAAAUUAAGGGUUGCAGUGCUGCGAACAGCCCCCCAAUCCUUUGGAAUUGGGUGGCACGUGGCGGGAUCAGCCAUCGUGCAGGAUGGACACCUUGAAACGGAGUCGAGCACAAGCCUGGCCAGAGGAGACUGGGGACAGGGAGCAUGGACUCUAUAGUUUGCACCGCAUGUUUGACAUUGUGGGCACUCACCUGACCCACCGGGACGUACGUGUGUUGUCCUUUCUUUUUGUGGAUGUGAUUGAUGACUACGAGAGGGGGAUGAUCCGCAGCGGCCGGGACUUCCUGCUGGCACUAGAAAGGCAGGGCCGCUGUGAUGAGACCAACUUCCGCCAGGUGCUGCAGCUGCUGAGGAUUAUCACGCGCCAUGACCUGUUGCCCUAUGUCACGCUGAAGAGGAGAAGGGCCGUGUGCCCAGACCUCGUGGACAAGUACCUAGAAGAGACGUCCAUUCGUUACGUGAUGCCCCGAGCUCACAGCGACGCAGAGCAUGGUCUCGCCCCCCCCCACAAAUCAGUGCCUCCCCAUCACCCUGUGGUCUGCCGCUCCUCCACUGGACCUCCAAUCUGUUCCAAGAGGCCUGGCCGUGGGAGAGCCCUCCUCAGUAGCCAGCAUAAGAGGAGGAAGUCAAUGACGCCGGAUCCUAAAGAGAAACAGACUUGUGACAUCCGCCUGCGAGUCCGAGCCGAGUACUGCCAGCACGAGACGGCGCUCCAGGGCAACGUCUUCUCCAACAAGCAGGAUCCCCUGGAGCGGCAAUUCGAGCGCUUCAACCAGGCCAACACCAUCUUAAAAUCCCGGGACCUGGGUUCGAUCAUCUGUGACAUAAAAUUCUCAGAGCUCACCUACCUCGACGCCUUCUGGCGCGACUACAUAAACGGCUCUUUGCUGGAGGCCCUCAAGGGCGUCUUCAUCACGGACUCGCUCAAGCAAGCCGUGGGCCACGAGGCCAUCAAGCUGCUGGUCAACGUGGACGAGGAGGAUUACGAGGUUGGGCGCCAGAAACUCCUGCGGAACUUGAUGCUGCACACGGCCCCUUGACCCUCCCCCAGGCUUGGCCUUGGCGGCUCUUUGGGAGCCAAUCGUUUCAUUUUUUUUUAAAAGGAAAAAUCAUUUAAAUACCCACCGCCCCCCCCCAGCACCACCGCCCCCCAGCAAACUCCUGCCAAGUGCUGUGUAACUGUAGGACCUGCCUGAGCCGGGGGAGGGCUGUGCUGCCACUUAGCCAGCUCUCUGGUGGCCCCAGCCCAGCCGAGAGUCCACGAUACCUGGGGCAACCCAGAGAGCAACUCCCCGCUCUGCUCCAGGAGCCUGGCCGAAGGACGCCGAACCGCCCAGCGGUAGGAGGAAGGGAGAGCUGCCGGCAGGAGCGCUGGGUGCUCACGUGUCCUCCCUUCCCCUCCCCCCCGGUUCUCUUGUGCUGGUUUUUCUUUUAUACGGUCUUCUUUUUAAAAAAGGCAGAACUGUCAUGUGGCACCGGGGCCCUGUGCGUGUGGGGGACGCGGGGCGGAGAUGGGCUGGGGAGGUGGGACUCUUGAUUAUUCACUUUAAUAAAAAUGAACGAGUGCAGCGGGAGCUGUGUGCGUGUGGAAUAAACAGCAUGCGGGGGGGCCUGGGGCAUUGGCCUUCCAUUGCUGGGAGCCCGUUUCCACCAGUCCACUCCGCACUCAGCUGGCGAUCCGGCAGGGGUGCCCUUUAGCCAGUUUGGGUAUCUUUCCAGCGUGGGAUGGUGGGGAGGGAGGCUGAGCUAAGGCGAUUGCUGUCCCAACCCCUGGCGGGGUCCUGUGGCAUCAUCUGCUCUAGGCUGGGCAGGCUUGUUUCAGGAGUAACAUCUGCGCGAAUGGAGCCAAUGCUGUUAAUCUUCCUCCAGAGGCAAGAGCUAAUUGUUGGGCCAGUGUUCCCUUCUCCCAGCCUGUGUGCCUGUUACCCCCUUCCCUGCAAUCCUCCCCCCAUCCCUGCCAGGCCAGCAUCUGCCUCUGACCCCAGAGAGGAAACCUGAGCAAGGGGCUCCCUGCCCUGCCCAUCUGAUGCAUAGAGCUGGUCCAGCCACAGCUGCUCCCCCCAGAGCUGAGAGAUGCUUGCAGGCCCAGCAGGAGAGUUCUGCACAUGGAGAUGUGCACCCUUGCUCCCUUUGCCUGCAGGGUGGGAACGCAUGGGGGCAGGGCCAGGCUUUUGGGAUGUUCAGGGGCAGUGUCACGGCAGCAGGGCCUGGGGGUGGUGAGCGCCCAACCCUGGCCCAUGUCACAGCUGAUGCGUCAAUGUCUCCCUCUUGCUACUACAAGGCCGGGCCCAGCAGUGGUGCAGAUUCCUCUGGUGGUGGGGUUGGCUGUGUCCCCUGGGCUGUGCAGCAGGGAGGGAUGCAGUGGGGCAGGUUGUAGAGUAAGACUUUGGCACAGGGCCCGUUCCCAACUGGGAAGAAGAUGGCUCCUGUUUGAUCCUACCCCAUAACGGAAGGUUUGAGAGUUAAAUUUGUUCCCCCUGCCCAGAUGUACAGACUCCAGCUGGGAACCUAGAGGUGGGGAAAAAUCCAAGGAGGGGCCAAUCAGGGUGGUGCUGCCUGGUUUGCUCCUGGUCAGCUCCGUGGUGCUGGGUCUUGUCUGUCUGCUGGCACUGGACAUCCAUCCCAGGAGGAAGGAGCUGCUCCCAACAGGCAGGACUAGGAGGUGCCGUCCUGCAUUAGGCCCUGUCUAGUUACAGUGAUGGCUCUGGGGCCAGCAAGCUGGCUGUUUGCAAAGCACCUGUCACCUCGGGGCUGCUGUAAUACGAACAGUCUCAGGGCUGGCCCUCUGCCUGCCCCUCCCUUACAAUCCCCAUGGCUGAGAGAGAGCCCUCGCCCAGCAUGGGGAGUGGGGCUGGCUAAAGCAGUAACACGCUAGAGGCUGCGGUCCGAGCGUCUCCUGCCACUGCACGCAGGAUGCCACAGGUGGCCUGGGCCAGUGGCUGGCUUAGCUGCAUAUUUUUAAUUUUGGGCUGACUUUUGUUACUUUUUGGUAACAGGCCUCUGGGCUUGUUCCCUCCUCUCUCCCCUCCUGCUGAGCCCAGAACUUGGUGCCAGGGCAGACCUAGCCAGUUAUGUGCCCACUUGGUAACAUCAUGUCAGGGAUACGGUGGGCCUGGGGCUGAGCGGGCUUGUCAGUGAAAUGGUCAUUCUCAGAAUCAAUCUUCCAGGAGCCACGAGUGCAUUUUAAUUGGAAAAUUCUCUUCCUCCCCAGUUCUUUUCCUGGUAACUCAAGUAAACACCCCAGGACUUAGGAGCCGCAAAUCUAAAGCAGCUCCACAGAACUCCACACUGAGUUGAGGGAGAACAAAUGGGUCUGAGGGUUAUUUUUGCUGCAUUUGAUUUUCUUCUUCCCAUCCUCCCAAAUCUCUGCUGAGCUGCAGGACGUUUUCCUUAUCGGUUCAGAUGCUCAAAGGUAUGCAGGUGCCCAACUCCCAUGGGGAGAUACGUACCUCCGUACUUUUGAGGAGCUGUGCCUUAAAAGACUGUUGGAAGCCAGAUCAGUGCACGUGGGGUGGAGAAAUGUUUGUUACGGAUUGUUGCCUCCCUACCCGGGCAUGGGCAGAGGCAUAAGAAAGAGGGUGUUGUGCUUACCGAGUCCCCAUCCAACAAAGCUGGCAUGUGAUAGCCCUGCAGGCUGCAACCCUCAUGCCUUGAUGGGGUUGUUUGGUGUGUGUGUGUGUGUUGAUGCAUUUUCUAUCCACAGGCUGUCUCAGUUGAGAGCGUGUAGACCCCUCCUUCCCCGCACACACCUCCCUGUUUAAGGACAAUUCUGGCACAAACUGUGUAAUUUCUGUGACUCUUCUGUAUUUUUUAAACUUCCAAUAUAACAGUCAUAAUCCCCAUGUAGCUUUCAGUUUUCUUGAAAUAAACAUCUACUGCA